UGGCGGUACACCGCUUCUUUGAUUCAAUUGUUUGACGCUGGAGCUGGGCAUCUCGAUUUUUCUUUGAACCGAAAAGAUGGGACCUUCAAAACACGAUCGGAGUAUCAUCAGUGGACAGACGUCCACGCGCCACCAGCGUCUCAACGACGCUCUUAACCUCGGCACCAGAGUGUAUGGCGGUGAUAAGGCAAGGAGAUGGCAGUGUAUGGAUAUUGCGAUACAGAGGCAUGUGGUCCAUUCUAUUGCUGCGUUUCUUGAUUCUGUUUCUGGGCACCAUCCACUUUUGAAGGCUUCCGCUGCCGAUAUCAUUGCAGCAUUAGUCUGGAUACUUCAGUCUAACAAGGGAUCCAUGUUGAGCACUGCAGCAAAUGUGACAGUAAAAUUAGUCAGCCUUUUACCCAAAUCAAUACUGCAGCUGGAUGCUUUAGAUCUUAUUAAUCCUUUGUCAUCUUUGUUAUCUGCCCAUCAAACAGAAGUUUCUAUAUCAUGUGCUGCAGCAUUGAAUCUUAUCCUUACAAAUCUCAGUAUGAAGAAUGCAAAAGAAGUUUGGGACAUCCUUGAGAAAACAGAAAGUGUAUCUCAAGUUAUCAGUAACUUACGGUCUUUUUCAGAAUGUAUGAUGCCAUUUGAACAUUUUCAACAGAUGGCUUUACUUUUGAGUACAAUACUAUGGUGGUGGCCUCCAUCUAGGUUUUCUGUUUGGAGUGAUGCUAAACUGAUGGAAGAUUUAAAUGAUAUGCUUAUAAAGCGAGAUGUUUAUCACAAAGUUGCUGUUUUGAAAUUGUAUUCUGCCAUCGCUUUAUGUGGUAAUGGGGCCAAGAAAGUAUUAGAAGGUGGAGAGGCGCUUCUGGAACAGAUGGUGCAAUGCAUGGACAGCUCAUAUCCUUAUUCCAUUAGAAUUGAAGCAUUCAGGCUAGCACAGUGUUUAGCGAUAAAUGAACAAAAAUGCUUGCAAAUGAUGAGUUUAUCUUGCCAACCUAUUAUUAAAGCCAUAAUUUCUGGAAUGUGUGACUGGAGCUCACAUUCUAGAAAGGUCACCAUUGACCAAUUGUCUUUGCUAGUGGAGGCAUGUCGCUUGGCUCUGAUCACUCGUUGGGCAGGGGAGCAUCACAUUUACUUCUGGAAACAAGGGAUUGAUAAAAUCCUUCUCGAUCUUCUCCUUGAAAAAUUUCACAACCAAUCAUAUGAAGAUUCCAUGUCAUUGGAAGAGCAGAUAGUUAUUGCUAAGGAGGGUCUCAAUGCCAAUUAUUUACUUUUUUUGAGGAGUUAUGUCUGGGAUAUUCUUGGAUGGCUUGCAAUACAUUGUGGGGAGGAUUUCAAACCUGAAACUGAGUUCCACUUGGACAUCCUUAUUGCAUGUGCAUGCUUGACCUUUGUUGAGGCAAUUCAGAAAUGGCAUAAAAUAUAUGAAAACGACAUUGCUCGUACCUUCAGAAGUGAAUCAGCAACAAGGGCAGUUCUGAUGAUGAUUUAUUCUCCCUGCAAAUACAUUGCAUCAAAGGCCAGAUUCAUAUUGUCUGAAACACUGAAGCCAAAAGGCCUGGAGUAUCUGAAUAUCUUACUGCGUUUUCUUAAUAAUCUGUCAUCUGGGAAUUUCGCGAUACCAGAUAAACUCCAAAUUAUCAUUUAUUUAAUGGGAUUUAUGUGCUAUUCAGGUUUGGAAGAGUAUCAAGUCUGGAUUAUCAAACAAAAAGGGGUAAAAACACUAUUUUCUUUCGUGAAAUGGUGCUUAAGUAAUCAUUUCCAAGUAGAAAGGCUGAGCUUUGCUCCCCAUUUGCAUAAUACGUUUCAUGAGAAAAUUUGUUGUUCAAGUUCCAGAGAAUGGGAAGGGAAAGACAUUCUUUUGUUGUACAGUUUGUUGGGAUUGGCUGAGUUGAUAAAGCAUUCUGGAUGUGUAGGAGAUAACCUAGACAGAAUUGCUGGUAAGAAUACAUUGGCUCAUAUUGAAGCUGAACUAGUUAGUAAACUUCAGGACAUCUGUAAUGACAAUUGUACCCCUGGGGUGCAAUGGUAUGCCGCAUAUGUUCUUAGUUAUUUUGGGUUUUAUGGUUUUCCGAGUAAGCUAAUGAAAAGGAUUGGUAAAGCAAUUAAUGAUAAGGAUUCUGCUGAUUUACAAUUCGUUCUCACAAAUGGAGAGUGUUUCAGUGUUCAUGGGGUGGUGCUUGCAAUCCAAUGUCCAUCGCUACUGCCUCCUGAAGGGCUGCUUCCUAGUGAGGUAACAUCUGAUGAUUCUUCAGUGACAGGCUCUAUGGAGGUUUCUAAAGAGUUUCAGAAAGACAUAAGAUUAUCUGCUCAUGUCGAUCACCAAGCAUUGGUGAUGUUGUUGGAGUAUAUCUACUUGGGAUAUGUACAAGCAGAAGAAGAACUUGCAAAAAAGUUGAGGACUCUUGCCAAACGUUGUAAUUUACAGCCUCUGUUACAGAUGCUUUGUAGAAAACGUCCAAAGUGGGGCAUGGCUUUUCCUAGCCCUGAUCUCAGUGCAGCUCUUGGUCCAUCCGGACAUCGUUUCUCGGAUGUCAUCUUAGAAGAGAAAGAAACAAAGCUUUUGGGCUGGACAUGUGGUGUUUGCUCUUUAUCAGUGCCUCACAUGCAUGUUCACAAGGUUGUAUUGUCAGCAAGUUGUGAUUAUCUGAGGGCCUUAUUUGAGUCAGGAAUGCAGGAGAGCAACUCACAAGCCAUAAAGGUCUCAAUCAGUUGGAAAGCAAUGGUUAAACUAGUCAACUACUUCUAUUCUGGUAACCUGCCAAAGCCUCCUUCCGGAUGUAUAUGGAAUAACAUGGACACUGAAGAAAAGUUAGAUGAGGUACAGUCAUAUGUAGAGCUUUUUUGGCUCUCUGAGUUCUGGAUCAUGGAAGAUGUCCAGGAAGCAUGCUCGGAUGCCAUCAUAUCAUGUCUUGGUUCUGCAAGAGAGUUGGCUAUUAAAAUACUACAAAUUGCUGCGAAUUUAUCUCUCUGGAACUUGGCCGAGGUUGCAGCGACUUAUAUGGCCCCUUUAUAUCGCCAGUUAUGCGAUUCUGGUGAACUUGAAACACUUGAUGAAAUGCUGGCUGAUAUGGUUCGGGUAGCGUCUGUUCGAUUCUCCCAACAGGGUGGUGAUCAGUUUCAGUGAUUUGAUUCUCAUACUGGUUUGGAACUGUGAAAUUGACACUUUCUCCAAUGUAGUGUGAUGGAGGAGUGUCGGUUACAUCAAUUUUGUUAAGUUCUUUUCUCAGAAACUUCUUGUAGAGCUAGAGUACGGCCUCAUCAUAUGUUGACCUGACCCCUAUAAGGAAUUGCCUGCUUGAGAUGUACAAUCUUUUACUUGAGGGUGAGCAGAGAGGACACCAAUCCCUUAACUUACACUCCUCCAUCUAGAUACUAAUGCGAGGAGAAUGGAUAGUUGGGCUGAAACUUCAUCUGUGUUGAGGCUUGACUCUUUGGGCUUAUGAUUUUCUAAGUAUUACAGAUGUUCUGGUAGUCAAAUUAGCAUCAAUAAUUUUGAGCAGAUUACUGCUCUCAACAAUCAGACGUGUGCAUCAUUUCUUGGCAGUACUAUCGUUGGUGAUGCUUGAACAUGAGUUCGGGUGGAUUUAGUGGAACAACCAUGAAGAAAGAAGAUCGUUGCAGCAAUUCUAUUCUGAAAUGGGAUUAUAGAAUAAGGAGAAGGGUUUGAUAGAGGAAAAACAAGAAAAGAUUUGGAAUUAACCAGGUGGCAAAGAAGAACUGAUACUGUCUGAAAAUAUGGGAAAGCACAGCAGAGGAGUAAUCACUCAAGCAGGGAAAUCAAAUGGCAGGGGAGACACCUUUGAGGGGUUGAGUACGUCUGGAUGUACAAAGCCAAAUCUGCUCAGUACUUGAUUAUCUGCUAAAGUAAACGCCUUCUGCAUCCCAGCCCAAAUAGCUUCCCAAUUGUAAUUGUAGAGUUGUACUCCCCACUGCAUGGCUCACACCUGGUGAAGUGUGCGACAAAAGACCCUCCGAAACUAUCUCUCCAUUAACCCCUUCAGAUAGUGUUCCCUCUUUGCACCAUAGAAAUGGCUGAACUACUCUGCAUGUCUCCUCCUAAACAUCUCCACCUAUGCAGCAAUCUCUGUGUACCCUUUGGAAAAAUGUUUUCAAACUUUGUCCACUUAUGUCAGCCAGUACUGUUCAGGCUGUACUUCUCUGUCUUGUCCGCCUAUUUCCUUUCUGUUCUAUAAGAAGAUAUAUCAGAGCUGAUUGAUCUUCUGCUGCUGGAAAUAACUUAUCUAUGAAGAUUGACUUUUGAACUCAAAUGGGAUCUUGAACUCCAUGUCCGUGAAGAUUGCAUCCGAGUCAAUCCACCAGAUCCACUGGGCCUCAGGAUAAGCCGACAAAGCAGCACGGAGAUUCGGGUUUUUGGCCCAGCCACCAUGGAUUCUGCAACUCUCCAUCGAAAAAAAAAAACCCCAUAGAUUCUGCAAUAGUCGAAUUUGUUCUUGAACAUCCUUAGCAUCAAGUGAUCUCCAACAUGCUUUUUACAUACUUUGGGCUAAGACCCUGUUACCAUAAGAAUCCUACCAUCAGCUGGAGUAUCAGCAACCACUCUCUGCGCUUCUCCUCCCAGUCCUUCAUUAGUUUCCCAAUUGAGUAGCUCAGAUUUUGGUUUAGGGUUUAGAUAUUGAGCUUGAUGUAACCUUCAUUCAUUUGGCUCAUUUUAAAAAAUUGAUGGAACACUUUGCUUAACAUUCGUUUGACAAUUAAAAAAAUUGAUGGAACAGUUUUGCUGUCGACA